UGGAUGCAGAACCGCUUCAAUGGUAAACAAGAGAAGAGACGAUCCGAGGCCGGCGUCGGGAACUCGGCUCGCGAUGUCCCUGCUGUCCGAGAGAGCUGCCGCACAGAACACGCUCGCGAGGAGAAGAGCCCUAACGGCGACUGGCCGCAGGGCCUCCUCUCCAUCGGGACGCUCGGGGACGAGUCACCGCCGGAUGGGGGCCCGCGCGCGUCACAGGCGGCCGACGUGCCGGACUUCAGCAUCGAGGAGGUGAAGAAGCUGCAGGACGCGCUGAACAAGCUGCUCCGGCGCGCCAAGUCCAAGUCCAGCUCCCGCGGCUCGGGCGCCACGGACGAGGAUCGCGCCAGCCAGCUGCCGCUCGACCGGUUCCUCAACUGCCCCUCCAGCCUCGAGGUGGAUCGCCGGAUCUCCCUGAGGCACGCGGCGGGCGACGGCGGCGAGUUCUCGCCGGACACGCAGAUCAUACUGAGCAAGGCCAGGGACCUCCUCGUCAGCAGCAACGGCGCCGCCAUCAAGCACAAGUCCUUCAAGUUCCUCCUCAAGAAGAUGUUCGCCUGCCGCGGCGGCUUCGGGCCUGCGCCGAGCUUGAAGGAUCCAGUCGAAUCAAGAAUGGAGAAGUUGUUUAGGACGAUGCUGCAGAAGAAGAUGAGUGCUCGGCCGAGCAAUGCCAACGCAGCGUCAUCGAGGAAGUACUAUCUGGAGGACAAACCAAGUGGGAGGAGGAUGAUAAGAGACCGUCGUCAUGAAGAAGAGGACGACGACAAGGGCUCCGAUAGCUUUAAGUGGGACAAAACUGAUACAGACUUCAUUGUUCUGGAGAUUUAGAGCGGCAUGAGUCUAAGGUCAUUAUGGUGUUCAACGUGCUUGUAUGUGAUGUUCAUGACGCGGCGGAGAAUUCCCAUUAGUGUGGUGCCACAAUAAUCCCUAUUGGAGAGGGUUCAGUUGAACGGCGAUGAUUCGAUCAGACAGCAGGGUGUACUACUGAAUGAAGAUCACAAUCCAAACGUUGGCGGGCUUGUUCAAGCGCAGCACUUGAGCUAGCUGUUCAUAGGAAGAUUUUUGAGCCGUGUUCCACUUUCCUUUUCUUUCUAAUCUCCAGA